UUCUACACUUUCAAACACAACUUGAACUGUUUCGUCACUGCCAUUGCCGCCAUCGUUGCUGCUGUUGCACUUUCCGGUCAUUACCACCGUGUCUGACCACCACCAUCACUCUUUCACCACUGUUACGUCAGCCCGUUACUCCUUGCUUAUCCUCCUGUGAUGUCAGUUUGGCGUGUGUUUCGUUUGUGGAUUUAUUUUGUGCUUGAAUCUGAUUGGGGGUUGUGUUCUCUGUUUGAUCGAUGUUUGGUUUGGCUUACUGAAAUGGCCGUGCAAUCAUAUUCUGGAGCUCUCUAGCGAUAAUGCCGGGCGUUCCAUUGGUGGCAUGUGAAACGUCCUCGUACUCUAGAAGCACGGAUCAGAUGUGCCGGGAGGACUCUCAUGUGCAUUUAACUGCAGAAGAGGAAAAUGCUGCUGAAGAGAGUCUGUCUAUCUAUUGCAAGCCGGUAGAAUUUUACAACAUUCUUCAACGACGUGCUAUAAGAAAUCCAUCAUUUCUUCAACGAUGUUUGAACUACCAAAUUCAAGAAAAGCACAGAAGGAGAAUACAAAUGACAAUUUCCUUGUCAAAAACUGUCAAUGAAGGUGUACAAGCUCAGUGCCCUUUUCCUUUGUACAUUUUGUUGGCAAGACUAGGGUCUAUAACAGAGUGUUCUGCAGAAUAUCGCUUUAAUCGAGCUUGUAUUUUGACAAAUUUUGCUGGAGUUGAGGGGAGUACUCAAGUUCAGGCCAAUUUUAUUCUCCCUGACAUUAAUAAGCUAGCAUUGAAGGCCAAAUCAAGCUCACUAGCUAUCUUGCUUGUCAACUUUGCUGCAACCCCAAAUCCUUUGUGUGGAAUUGACUUAAACAAGGCUCGUUUGGGUAUGACAUCAUUUCCGUCAAAUGAUGGAGGAUGCUGCCUUUGUGGCAAGAUACCAUUGGAAUCACUCUAUAUGUCGUGGGAGAAUUCCCCAAAUUUGAGUCUGGGACAGAGAGCUGAGGUGAAGCAUCCAGUUGACAUGCUCUCUUGCUUCUUGAAGUUGAGUUGUUUGAAUAAGGAUAAAUGUGUCUCAAUCCAAAUACCCUUUUCUAAUUGUACCUCGUAUACAUCACAGCAGGUGCAUGUCACCAUUUCUGCAGAAGAGAUAGGAGGAAAGGAAAAAUCGCCUUACAAUUUAUACACUUGUAGUGAUAUUACUUCUUCAACAUUGUCUCGUAUCAUUCGGUUGAGGGCUGGAAAUGUUGUCUUCAACUAUAAAUAUUAUAACAACAAAUUACAGAGAACUGAAGUAACUGAAGACUUUUCUUGUCCAUUCUGCUUGGUGAAAUGUGCAAGCUUUAAGGGUCUUCGAUACCACCUGCCUUCAUCACACGAUCUAUUCAACUUUGAAUUUUGGGUUACUGAAGAAUAUCAAGCUGUAAAUGUAUCUGUGAAGACUGACACUUGGAGAUCUGAGGUUGUUGCGGAUGGUGUUGAUCCUAAGGAACAAACAUUCUUCUUCUGCUCAAAAAGACGAAGGCACAAGAGAUGGAAGAACCUAAUUCAACAUUCAAAGCAUCUGCAUCCACUUGUCUUAGAGUUGGGUAACAGUGGGAAUGAUUUUUGGAAUGCUAGUGUUGGGGUUGUGGAGUGUGCACAGAGUGUUACUCCCAGCUUUAAUGCUGUGGGAGUUUCAGGUGUUGCAGCACAAUCAUAUACUGAUCCUGAGUGCCUUCAGUCUGUAUCAGAAAACAAUUUUAGCCCCCCUGCCAUGCUACAGUUUGCAAAGACAAGAAAAUUAUCUAUUGAAUAUGCUGAUCCCAGAAACUGUACUCUCCUUCAGAAGCAACAGUUCUUUCACUCACAUAGAGCUCAGCUGAUGGCACCAGAGCAAGUAAUGUCAGAUCGGGAUAGCGAGGACGAAGUUGAUGAUGAUGUUGCAGAUUUGGAAGACCGAAGGAUGCUUGAUGACUUUGUUGAUGUAACUAAAGAUGAGAAGCAAAUGAUGCACUUGUGGAACUCCUUUGUGAGGAAGCAACGGGUGUUGGCUGAUAGUCAUAUUCCCUGGGCAUGUGAAGCAUUUACGAAAUUGCAUGGACAUGACUUGGUCCAAGCCCCAGCCCUUAUUUGGUGUUGGAGACUGUUUAUGAUCAAACUGUGGAAUCAUGGACUGCUUGAUGCACGCACGAUGAACAAUUGUAAUAUUACUCUGGAACAAUAUCGAACGCAGGAUUUGGAUCCUAUGAGAAGUUGAAAGGUAAAUUUUUUUUUUUUCUGUCAAAUAUGAAGAGGAAGGGUUCCCAUUUUUUUAAUGAUUUAUAUAAUUCAAAAAAUGUUGCCAUCAGUAACUUAUUUUAAAUACAUUUAAACAAAUUAUAGAGAAAAAGAUUUAGUGCAAAUAUCUGGUCUUCUAAUUUUAUAUUGGAGCUCAAAAAUGUUUGAUUUCAUGAUGCUUUGAUGUCAUGGGAGUGUCUUUGUGUAAUUCUUUGUUAAAAAGUUAUAAGACAAGAAAUGGUCAGAUCAGAAGUUGCAUAUAAGCCAUGUAUGAGUGUUGUGGCUGACGAGUUUCGGGGAUAUAUUUUUGAGUAACAAGCAUGGUUGGUUUGGUUAUUUUGAAUGAAAUUGGUUGAUUUGGUUCUU